CCCUGAUAUGCCAGAGUGGCUACAUUAUAGACUAACCUCUUCCUCUGCUGUCAUCUUUCAAUAUUUUGUCAAUUAGUGAUGUAAAACAAUAAUAACUUUAUUUAAUAACGUCAGUAUUUAUAAAUCAGCAUUGAAACUACACUGAUUGAAUCAUGAAUAAAACAGAAAAAUUGUUAGCUGCUCGAAAAAAGCUUAAGGAAUUUCAGUUAAAUAAAGGAAAUCAUCAUCAGGUAGUUAGCCCACCUCAUCAACAUGACACCGCAGAAAAUACCACACAUGAGAUUAACAGCAAUAAAAAUGAGAAUACAAAUGUGCAAUUAUCAAAUGUUGAACAUACUGAAGCAAGUAAAGAUAGCCCGAAACAUUUUUACGUUUCAGAGUUGAAUCAUAAAAAUAAUGAAUCAACAAACGAAAAUGUUCAAGAAAAAAUGUUUUAUGAAGAUACACUACCAGAUGUGUCUGACAGAAAUUUAUUAGACUUUUCACAAGAUGUUCCAGAGACUCCUAAAAUGCCAUUAAUGCUCGAAAUAAAUUCUAACUGUAAUAAUAAUAAUGAACCACAACCAACAAACCAAAAUGGCAAACAUUUUGAUAAUGAAAUGAUUGUACAAAACGCUUUCCAACUUUCUCCUUUUUUACCAGAACAUACGUUUUCAACUGUGCCUACUGUGAAUAGUUUUAGUAACAGUAAACCCGAAGAAGAGUUAUUAUUACCAAGUGACGAAUCAGAAAAUCAAAAUAAAAAUUUAAAUAAAGCCUUGGAAAAUGAAAAAGAUCUUGUUGAUCAGUUGAAUAUUCAAUUAAAUCAAUACAAAGAAAAGAUUUCAGAAUUAGAAUCUUGUUUGGCUGCAAAAAAUACUGAAUUUGAAACUAAAAUUGCUGAGAAAGUGAAUCAUUUACAAGAACAAAUUCAAUUUCAUUCACAAACAACCAGCAUUCUUGUUUCAGAAAAGGCAGAGUUAAAUGCAUCACUUGCUCACGCUCAAACAACAUUGCGACAAAAAUGUAAUGAAGUUGAAGAAUUGACAGAGAAAUUAAAUAAUAAAAAACAUCGUAUCGAUGAAUUAGACAAAGAACUGCAUCAGACUAAAGGUACGCUUGACGAACUAAAACAGUCCCAUCAACAAUUAAAGUAUAAUAAUGAAAGUCUCAAUUACAAUUGUGUAGCAUUACAAAAAGUAAAUGAAGAACAGAAUAUGCAAAUUGCUGAACUGAGGCAGGAAUUAAAUAUUAAAUCUGUAGAAUUGGCUAAUCUUUCUAAGGCUCUAGAAGACAAUAAAAAUUCUCUAUCAUUAGCAGAACUGAAAAUUCAGCAAUUGACAAAUGCUACUCAAGAAGUACGGAUUGUCGAUAAUCAAAGUCAAUUACAUGUAAUGUUGGAGCAACAAUUAGCACAACUGAAGGAAAAUUUAAAAACUAUGACCAUUGAAAAAGAAGAAUUAGGUAAACAUUAUGAGAGUUACGUUAAACAAUUGGAUGCUAAAUAUGAAAAUGCAGUACAAGAAUUAAAAGCUGCACAAGUGGCAGUAAGUGAAUAUAAAGAUCGUGAAGAGAGUUUUGUACAACGUUUGUCUAAUAUGGAACAGCAGUAUCAAAGAGAAAAGCAAAGGGCUGAAUCUUUGCUUCCUUUACAAGACUCGGAAAAUCAAAUAAAGCAUCUUACUCAAAGUAUGGAUUCUUUAGUAUUAGAGCAUGAGACUUUACAAGGAACGUUACGAGAAAAAGAGGCAGAAAUAGACACAUUAAAGGAAGAGUUGAAAGAGCUACGUGAGCUACGAGAUCAGAAUGUAGAAAUUUCAAAAUUGGUACACGCUUUAGAAAGUGAACAAUUAGGCGCAUCAAGGGCUGUGUCUCAAAAUGAACAAUUAAAAAGUCAACUAAGUGAAAUGCAUGAUGCUUUUGUAACACUUAGUAAUUCUAAAUUAAAUUUAACUGAACAGCUUCAAGAUGAACGGUCAGUAGGAAGAAAAUUAAAUAAAGAAUUGAAUAGAGUUGAGAUGGAAAGGGAUACAUUAAGAGAAGAAUUAAAACAAAAAGAUGAAAUCAUUCAGGAAUUAGAAAAAGAAAAAUUGAGAUCUGCCCAAAUUGUUGAUCAGAUGCAACAUUAUCAAGCACAAUCAUACCAGACAAGAACUUUACAGCAAGAGCUUCAAAAUGCAUUGAAUACUAUUGAAGUUUUAAAACAAGAAAAUGCAAAUCUACUAGAGAAACUAAAUAAUUCGAAUCAUACUGAUCAUCGAACAGAAAUACAAGCUGAAGUGAUAGAGAACCGAAGUGAGCCUAAACAACCACCUGAACAAGAUCAAUCUGGUGUUAGAAAUGUUGAGAAUAAAGGCACAGUAAUAGAACAUGAACACAUAAAAGAUACAAAAGAAACUCAAAUUGAUCCAGAUGAACUAGUGUCUGAACCAUUGAUGAAAUUAGAAAAACGAUUUAAAGAAACGAUCGAACGAGUAGCUGAGUUGAGCGAUGAAAAACAAAGAUUGGAGCAUUUAGUGCUCCAACUUCAAGGAGAAACCGAAACGAUAGGAGAGUAUAUUACUUUGUACCAAAAACAACGUGCCAUCCUUCAUUUAAAAGCACAAGAACGUGAGCAAACAUUUCGCCAAUUAAUUGAUCAACGUAAUCAACAACAGGUACAGCUUCAUCAACUGAAAGUUCUUGUUGCUGAUUUAUUGAAAAAUAAGCCUAUUGAUCAUGUUGGUUCGAACAAUAAAGAGAAUAGCUUUAACACACAUGUAGAUAAUAAUGUUACUUCCAAUGGUGCAACUAAUGAGGUAGCGAUUGAAAAAGCUCAAGAAGUAAAAGCAGAUGAAGAAAAAGAAACGAAAGAAAAAAUUUUAGAAUUACUGACCGAAAUUAAAGACUGUAAAGACAAUUGUUCUCUUGAACCGAAUUUCCACCCUUGUCUAUGGUGUUCAGGAAAACUUAUUACAGUUUAACAGUAAAUAAAAGUAAUCAUCAUAUGCAAAUGAGUUACUAAAUAUUCAUGAUUAAUCUGAUUAAUUAAUCUUUCGAAAAUAUUUCUGUUAUUGUAUAUAAUUGGAAGACAAUUUAGCAUUAAAGGGAUGUAAUAUGUAACGAAAGAGAAUAUAAUAACAAUAAUAAAGCUUCAAUUAGUAUUUUAGUAAUAAAAAUAUUUUAAUAUAUUGAUAUAUGAUUAGGCGUGAUUUAUAGAAAGAAAGUUUGUAAUUGUGCUAACCAGUGCAAUACAAAAUUGUGAAACAAUUAAAAAUAACGAAUUUUAUUUUAAAAAAUCAAAAACGAAAAUUUGAUAUUUCAUCUCAUUGGGUGUGUCAUUGUUGAGCGAUAUUACAAAUGAAUUGAAAAUUUUUGUAAUUAAUUAAUGAAAACAGUAAUAUCAA